CAACCAUAUCUGUUUGCAAAUGUCUAUUUCACUUAAAUAGUCACGAUGCAGGGAUUUGAGAACAUCAAACCAUUAUCUAUUAUUACUAGAUUUGUAGAUAAUAUGCUGAAUAUAAAAUUGCACAUUUUAAGGUAUUGUACUUUAGCAAUAAGAGACUAUUUAGGAAUGGAUAGGCCCCUGUGCAUAUUGGUGAACGAUCUCUUCAGUCACUACUUUAUUUCGAAAAAACAAAAUCAUGUGGGAUUGUACGAAGAUAGGGAUUAUGUUGUUUUUCUUCCCCUGGAUUAAAUAUGCUAUUGCUAAUAUUGUGUUUUUAAAAUGUAUUCCCCAAAAUUGCAUUGGAGAAUAAUUAAUUUGAUUAGGUUUUAGCUAAAGUGUUAAACUUUUAAAAUGUAAGUUAUGAAAAAAAAAAUGAAACCAAAUGGAAAGGCGAGGCUACAAUAACAAAACAUAAUACAUCAAUACAACAACUUAACAACAGCAUUUACAUAAUCUUAGUUAGAUUUGCUUUGAGAUAUUAUAACAUUUAUACUCUAAUGAAGGAUGAACAUUUUGUUACAUUUGUGUGUAAUUGAAAAAAAAAAAAUCCCACUGCAAUCAUUACAGACUAAACGUCACACACGUGUUGCGUCACUAGUACGCGCCGCUGGGACAGUGUCGGAAGUGUGGAAGGGAGGAAGUCAUCACCCAGCAGUUAAACGCUGGGCUUUAACAUGCUCCUUUGAACACCUCGAUUGAAAAUCGACAUGCGUGGCUGAAGUGGACACACGAGUCCAGUCCCCGUGGAGCCGGUGUCCGACACACUCACAUCUCCCCGGGCCACGGACUGCGGGACACACGCAGAAUAUACCAGUGGAUGUCAAAAGGCCACGAUGAUACAGAUGGAACAGUGUAAUUUUUUGCACUCAAGUGCCCAUAUCGGAUGGAGGACAAACUCCCUGCCAUCAUCCUACCGGCUGAUUUUGAUAAUUCAGCUGCUAUGCCUUCUGCUGGACUGCUCCUUUAAAUGUGGUUAGCCAUGGCUUCUCGCAAGGCAGACGAGCUACCCGGUGACACCAAGGACUUGGCUGCAAUCUCCCGAUCGCUGUCACGAUGUAGCCCCGAUGACAUCACUGAGGAGCCUCAGUCGGAUGCGGUGAAUGCCACGGUGAAAUCUCAGAAAUCUGGAAGAUUUAGGAGGACUGCCUUGACGUUUUUUGGUGUGCGAAAAGGUAUCUGUAUUCUACCAAGUUUUUUUGGCGGGCGGAGUAAAAAUCAGAACAAGUGGUCUUCAAAGAAAGGACUCACCAAAAGCAAAACACACGAUGGGCUAAGUAAGGUUAGUCAUGAUGACGGUGUGAGAGGAAGGUACACCUCAGCUGGAGAUUCUAUAUGCCACUGCCAAGGGGACUGUUCCGGAGAGCUCCACACUUUGUGUCACAAUGAAUGUAGUCACCCCACCGCUGAGCAGAAAUCAUUGACUCUUGGCCGGCAGAGGAAGGGUUUUAGGAGUCUUUUUCACAGUUUUAAGCAUCACAGAAACCAUAGAAAUUCUGGGACGGAUAAAACUGAAAUGAUUCCAAUGUCCUCUCCCCACUGCAAGAAAGAGGUGCCUGUUGUCCAGGACAACACCAACAUGUUUGUCACAUCGUGCCUGGGAUCCGAACCUGAUGUGCCUGAUUUCACAGAUGAUAUGUGUGAUGUUUCCAUUGGUCCUGAUUGUAGUGAUGCUGAUGCGGUGACAUUGGAGAAGAGUGUGGAGCAAGAAAGCCCAAAGUCUGAGUUUGAUGAUCAGGUGUGUGAUGUUCAAAUAGAGGAAAUUAAUUUGAUGGCUGUGGUUUCCAGUGAUUACCAGGAGACUUCUCCAGGACACAGCGAGCCUUGCCUCAAAGUUCAGAUGACGUCUGAGCCUGUAUUGAAGUCUGAAACACCUGCAGGUUCGUCCGAUCGGCUUAACCUGAUGUUUGGUGACGUCGCAUCAUUGAAGAGCUUUGACUCACUCACUGGCUGCGGGGACAUAAUAGCAGAUCAAGAAGAUGACAGCAUCACAGAGAGCACAGUUUCUGGUGAAAGGAGCAGGAAUGGUGGAAAGAGGGCCUCCUGCUAUCUUACUUAUCAGGGGGGCGGUGAAGAAAUGGCCUCACCUGAAGAUUUGGGUGAGGAGUGUCUUCACGAUUUCUGGGGAAACAAUGCUGUAGAAAAAAUCUGCUACACUUGCAACGAGGACCACACAGAUAUGACUGCCGAGCUGACAAGUUCCCACAAUAUGGACUGUAACAGUAACAGUUUACAACAAGCCAGUGGCAUGGACACUUCUUCGAUUGCUGAUGUGUUGACUCCUCAAAGUGAGCAUCAGGAAUCAGUUCCAAAUAGUGAUGAGGGCUACUAUGAUUCAACUACCCCGGGGCCGGAGGAAGGUCAGGAAAAAUCUGACAGACUACGGACAGACAGACUACCCAGGGACAGUUACAGCGGAGAUGCCCUCUACGAACUUUUUGCACCCGAUGAGAGUCUCAUCAGUCCACACUAUGAAAACAAAUCAAAGCUUCCCGGUUCAAAACAGUGCAAGUAUUUAAGUGAGCCAGCCGAUGUGUCAGAUUCUGCCUUUGUUCCAGACAUGGAUCGAUUACAAAUAAGUGCUGAACUGUAUGAAGUUCACAAUUUUCUCGGGAGCAGUAAAUCCUCCGAGUUGGCACAAAGCGUGGAUGGUCGGAGGGAAAUGGGCUUGAAUAAAGAUUGUAAUUUGAAUUCAAAACCACAAGCCUCAGGCAACAGGAAUAAUAUAGAACCAAAUGUAUUUGAUGAUAAGGGAAAUAUGCUUGCUUCUGCUGAAGAAAGGCAAAAAUCCAUUAACGCUGACUGUGAAAAAAGGCAUAGCAGCAUAUCAUUUGGGAGCACAUCUGACCCAGAUUUUGAAACAUUUUGUGAACCCAAAGAGCAACAUCUGGAGGAAAACAAGCCCGUGGCGUUACCAUACAAAAAUAUCACGUGUCAGUCUCCAGAUUGUAACAACGAUUUGGAUGAUGGGCAAACUGUGUGUUUCUCACAAGCACUUGUGGACUACACAAAACACUCUCAGAUGCUGAGUAACUUGCACAACAGCGUAGACGGUUUGGAGACAAACUCUGCCUUCACUACAAAUAUGGACGCCUUACCCACCAUAGUCACAUUUGACGUAGUCGAUAUGCAUAAUGAGGGCGAAUAUGAUGAGCAGAUUCACAUGGAGCUGGAGGAGGACAUUUCGUCACCCUAUCAGGAAUUUGAAGAAAGCUACCUGCAAAAAGAUGCAUUUGCCGAGUUUGACUAUCAAAUGUUAGACAUGUACGAACAGAACCUGAUCAGUAGCACAUGGGCAAUUGCUAGUCUCCCACGGCACCUAGGUCUUACGAGGGUCAGCCAGUCCAUGUCUAAUCCGCUGUCUCUCGACAGGAGAAGCCGAUCUCUAGACACAGGGAGCCUUGAGAUGAAGAUGCCUGAUGCAUAUAGAGAGGAAAUAGCUGCAAUUGUUUCUUCUCCUCAGACUGAAGAGGACUCUGACAGAGACUCCUCGCCACAUUACAAAAAGAAUGUACAUGCGUCUGCAUCAGAUGUUAAAGACUGUAGCAGCAUUAUGGCCUUAUCAUGGCAAACGAGGUCAGGAAUGGCUUUGAGCCAUCCUCUGACACAUGGGGAAAUCAGUGAAAAAGUACAGGGUGUUAGUCAAACGCACGGAAAUCAUAAACUAUUUUCUACUUCAUCCGGUAGUGAUUUCCCUGACUGUAAACUGCAACGUCUCGGCUCCAGUGUGUCAGACGGAGGGUCCUGUGAUUCACUGUCACACAAUAGCAAGCUUUACAAUAGACAGUGUCAUGUUCCUUUGCAUUCAGACUCUUGUUUACCUCAUAGCACCUUUGUUUAUCCUGGAAUGGUGGAGGAGGAAUCUGAGGAUGUUGAUGAUGACGUUUUUUGUAAAGCUGCCACCAAUUUUCAGCCCUACAACCAGUGUGGUAAAAGCAGACCAGUGGCUCAUAGGGAAGGAUUAUCUCAUACCGGGAGCCCUAUUAAUGCUGGUGUGUCUAAAGAGGAAAUGGCUGUCCGUGGUGAAACCAGAACACCCAGGGACUUGGCGUGCGGCAAACUCCCUGAGACCACCUUUAAUUGAAAGGUUUUUUUAAUCAUACUGUUGACAUUACGACCGCGUGUCUAUGUGCCAAUGAGUGCUUUUAUGUUACAUCCAAAGGAGUGACUGUUGCUUAAUUUUUACUCGCACAACUGAUUCCUAGUUGUACACUGUGAUUGUCGGGAAAGGAAAUGAAAUUUGAAGUUAUUCAGAGAGACAUGGGUGUCUUUGCCAUCAUGCCGCUGCAACUACAACCCUGUCCUGGGAGGUCGAAAGGGAUUUUCUGCAUUUGCACAGCAACAGUUACUUGUUUCACACAGGCCACGCAUGUCAGUCCUCAGAAGAUAUUGUUUCAAUUUAUUUGCAUUUGGAAAAGCUCAGAUCCAUCUCAAACUGUUACUACUAACUGUUACUAUUACUACAAUGUUUUUUUUACUCAUAUGUAGCGUCAGCAUCCAGAUCUCAAUAGUUAUGCCACACUUCGAUUAAUGGGUAUUCAUUAGCGCGGUUUCCAUAGCCCAGCCAGUUGCCUCUAAACACAUGUAUAGUAUGCGUAUGCUGUAAGUGCCGGCAUACGUUUGUGUUUUCCGCUUUUUCACAGCCUCUCUUUGCGCCGGUGAGGCUCGCGUCGGCUCGUCAUGGUGCUCGGAAUUUAGUGUUUCUAGCUGUUUUCUUGAUUCACUUCUUUUCUGAGCAGAUUGUAGAUUAGGUGACAAAAAUGAAGAGGAGAAUCACAGCGAGGAAUCGCGCAAUAGGCCUUUUUCACUGCAGACAUUUUGAUCCGUCAGAGGAGGAAAGGUUCAGGUGGUCCUGGUUACAUCAACGUGGCUCUUACAGACUCCCAGUAAUUCAUUUCAUUAUUCACUCCUGUGCUUUUCCUGCAGUCACAUGUCUAAAUGUCUGACAUAAAGAAGACCUAGAGACUACGUGUCGCAUUCAGCCUUUGGCCCAAAUCUCGAACUAUCUCAACAGGAAAUAUACAGGUGGACUGUAUAUGUCAUUUACAGUCUUCAGAUAUUUUUUGCGGGCAAUGCUGCUUUAUCUGUGAAGCACAUUUCAGUGUAUAUAAAAGUGCUUCACAUAAGACAUUGAGGAAAUGGCUUGGAAAGAAAAAAAGUAAAACCCAACAGGAUCUAAUGGUCUCAAAGUGAUUGUGUCUUUCUUAGGCCGGACAAGCCAAUUUGGCCUCAACGUUAUUUUCACUGUUUUCUUUGUUGCUAUUUUCCAACAGAGUGACCACCUGUGAAGUGCAGAACUCUUACUGAAAGGUUGCACUCCGUUCAUUGUGUUACUGUAAGCUAAUGGAAUUACAAAUCAAUCCAAUUGAAAUGAUAUGCUUUGAAUAUAAAUUGGUACUUUUUACCAUGUAUCAUUUUCUUGUUGAACUUAAUGUUUGAUUGGUCAGAGGUUGAUCUGUCAAGAUGAUGUAGUUUUUUAUGGCGUAAUAUUGAACAUGUCAAAACAAUGUAUUUAUAUUCUCAGCUAUUUGUACACUGUAACGUUGUAUUUAGACUGGUUAUUACAGAUUGGCAAUAUUCUUCUUGGUUGAGUUUUCGUUUUUCAAUUUUGUUUUUCUUUUUUAUUGUCUGAACGUUACAUCCGUGUUACACUACAGGAUUCUUGUUGAAAGUCAGUUUACAGUUUUGUCAGAGUAGAACACUGCCUUACACUAAAAUAAACAUGACAAGAUGUCA